AUGGCACAGCGCCCGCACGGGCUCAAGCUCUCUCGUGGUCAGCGUCGGGCGGAGCCGCAUGGUGGUGUGGGGGGACCACCGCUGACGGUGCGAGAUCAAGAGCCCAUUCUGAUUGUCGAUGAGGAUGAAGAUGGUGGUGAUGAUGCCGGGUCGGCGGGUGGCUUGGGUGGGAGCACGGCGAUGGCUCGUGCUCGCGCCAAGCGCCCCGCGGCGAUGCAGGCGGCUCGGCGAGGUCCAGGCGUUUCUGAGCCCCCGCCUCAGCGAUCCCGCAGUGCACCCAGCUCGCAAUCGGCUCAUGGAUCCUUGCCACGACCCACACCAGUCCAAGCAGCGACAUCGCUCACGCACAUUCCCACCCCGUCCUCGGGGACAGCAGCGACAAUAACCACGACCCCGCUGCGCCGGCGACGGGCCUCGGUGGCUGAGAUGCUGCGCUCCAAGGAGCGACCCGGGCGCUUACCAGCGUGUCCAUCCUGCGGCGUCCACAUGCACUUGACUGCGCUACAUCGUCACCUUGAUGCCUGUCUAUCCAAACACGCGACACCGCCUCGACCCGCCACGCCCCCGCCCUCGGCCACUCCCAUCAAUUGGGCACCGCAAACCAUCCUGUAUUCCCCCGACACCUGUGCCCGCCUCACCCGACAGCGCCCGCCACUCGCCGCGUGUCUGACACCGCAACGCCUUGACUUUGCUACAGAGGACCGCGAGCCAGCGACUACGCCUGACUCUAGCGCUUCUCAGGAGAUACGGCAGCCGCCUGCCAGUCCCAGCGAGCUCGCCGAACGUGCGAGCGCUUGCUUCCUUUGCGGCGAACCCACCCAUUUUGCGCGCGUGUGUCCCCAAGGCCCAUACUAUGUUUAUUAUUUUUGUCGCGAAGUCUCGGCCGUUCUCCAGCACUCUUACUUUUGCACGCUCUUCACGCCUGCGGAGCGAGCUCAACUCGAGGCCAUCUGUGCACUUCCACGUCCUGAACUCUGCCUGCUUGUUCGCCUCUAUAAUCGCAGUCCGCGAUGGUUUGCUGCAACCACGCUCCGCUAUCCCGAGAUUGCCGAGGACGUGCAACCCAUUCUUGCCAGGCUGGUCCAAGCCGGGGCCAUGAUCGAUGCACAACAUCUCGAUGACCCGCAGGCAGCGCUGGAGUUGCUGAAUGCCCAGCAACUCAUAGAACUGCGCCGACGCUUACACCUCGACAAAGUUGAUCUGGGCACUGGACGCCGCGACGUAAUGACCAAUUUGCUGCGAGCAGCCGCGGCUCAGUCGACUCUGGCAGGUCCCGCCGGCCCCGCGCUUGUUUUACGCCGUGCAAAGCGCUUGCUGGGCUCCUGCUACGCCCUGGAGCCUCGUGUCCGUCAACUGCUAGAGCUUUGCACCAUCCUCUUUCACCACAAGACGCAUUGGAGCGAUGCCGGGCCCUAUGUGCAAAUGCAGGCCGAUCGGGGUGUGUGCCGCUAUCCAGCAUACAUCAUUACCACUACAAAACCUGCGUUCGCCUCGCGCAGCCAGCUCGAAGACUAUGGCCAGGCCCUGGCUCUUGAGCGUCAACUAGAGCGCACCUGGGAGCGGUUUGACAGUGCUGCUGUUUUACAACACUUGGCCCCAACGGUGGCCGCGCUUGAGCGCUGUCUCGCCACUAGGCUUUUGUCGGACGAGGCCGCUGCUACCGUUCACACGCGGUUUGAGCCUGGGUGCAUGCACUGCAUCGCUCAGCCCGCUUCUGGCAUAUUCUCACAUCUGUUCAUGUCGGGAUGUUUGCCUGCUUUGCAUGGAAAUUCGGCCAGUGUCGCUGCUGGAAAAGCUGCUAGCCCAGCGGCGAUGGCUAUUGGACCGUCGCGGACGGUGCUGUCUCUGCUGCGCCGAGCAACGCGGCUUUGCAAGCACAAAGAGCACGAAUCUCUUCACAAACAUUUGAGCAAGCUUCCUGACAUAGCCUUGAACUUGGGCGAGACGCUGGUUAUUCAUGGCCAGGCCAUGAGCGAUCGUGAGGUUGGCCGACGGAUGAACUUUCUCUACAACCAUCAAGCUUGCAGCGUCGAGGAUCUCGUGCUCUUGCAUGCUGCCGAGAGGGGAUGGAAGGGAUCUCAUUGCGAGGGCCGCUACCUCGCCAUGCUCUUUACUCUAUUGCUCUGGGAUUUGCUGUUCAGCGCACAGCCCGACGUCUUUGUGACGCCAUACCAGAUUGCACCUCUGGAUCUCCACAGCGAUGGAUUUUAUGCGCGGCGAGCCACAGCGCUGCGCCUUCGGCUCUCCCAGCUUUCCUAUGCCGAUCUAGGACAUGAACUGACCAAGGCAUGGAACGAACAUCACGGCACCACGGCCGUAGGUGUCCAUUGGGAUCUAAUGUCCUUGAGCGAGCUCGUGGAAUCGGCACGCUGCAUUGGCAAUGAGGUGGUGUGCCGAAUGUUGGACUUGCUGGCUCAAGACUAUCGUCAUCGCACGGGUGGCCUCCCAGAUUUAUUGCUCUGGCGCGCCGAGUACGAUGCGGAUGGGCACUUGACGUCUGGUCAGGCAAGAUUCGUUGAAGUUAAGAGUCCCAAUGACCGCUUGUCUGACAAGCAGCAAAUAUGGCUGCAUGUCUUGCAGGAAGUAGGGGCUGCUGCUGGCGUGUGCCACGUUAAGGUGACGGGUGCCAAGGCUGAGCAACUGGCUCCUCCCUCCUCGCCAUCCUCGUCGUAG